AUGGCGGCCACCCCUACCCCUUUCUGCAGCUUCCAGGGACCGACUGACUACACGGGAUAUGAUCGCAACAAGCUCCCGUCCGAGCAGCCCCCAGCCAUACCGAGGACCUUCAUAGAUGCCAUGAAGGUCCGCGAAGAGGUAUUUGUGCGCGAGCAGGGAGUCUGUCUCGAGUACGAGAUGGAUGACGACGACCCGCGCAGCUGCCACUGGGUCACCUAUGCAAGCACGGGGGAGAUCAGGCAGAGCGAGACUAGCGGUGAGGAUGCAGGCCAGAUUCAGGCGUCACGGGGUGGUCAGUCCAGUGCGGAACCGACCGGCACGCUGAGGUGCGUCCCGUUUCCCCACCCGCCUCACCCGAGACCGGGCGGCAGGUACCUGGACGGCAAGCUUGUGAACGAGGCCGAGCUGGCGCCGCCGCGGGGCAUCGCAACGCCGGGAGAGGGUGCGGGGGCUGCUGACUUGGAAGCACUGCGGUCACUCCCGACAAACGAGAGGAGGAGGAUCGCUGCGUAUCGGCCGGACGUGCCUGAUCGGCCAACCAGCCUCCACGACGGCCAGGAGCCUUACGUGAAGCUUGGGAGGUUGGCAGUCACUCGGAAUGCCCGUGGUUUAUCUAUCGGCGGUCUGCUGGUUCGGCGAGCCUUGGAGUUUCUGAGAGAGCACCCGACGUACUUUAACCCCAACAAAAAUAUGUCUGCGAUAGAAGCAGCGGCCGCAACCGCAGCUUACCCCACAUCCUUACUGAGGUGGAAUGGCCUCGUAUGUGUCCAUGCUCAGAAGCAGGUGGUCCCAUUCUGGGAAAAGUUUGGCUUCAAGAUCGACGAUGAGAUGGGGGAGUGGUGGGAAGAAGGCAUCCCUCACGUUGGCAUGUUCAAUCGCCUGGAAGACCUGGAGAAAGAUCCCUAGGUGGAUUCUGUCAAGGCUUCUAGCUGCAAGGGCCCGAUCACAGAUGGUGUCUGGCCGAAUAUGCGAUGGUGCCCUGGCUCAGGAUCCUCAACCCAACCAUAUCAACCCAUGAAACUGGACAAUGUGUUGAAGAAAAUGGAAGGAGGCAACAUGUCUCUUGAUGAUGACAACAGCACCAUGCCCGAUGAAGAUGACGCCGCCACCGUCACUCUAACGUAGUCGGAC